GCAGAAAUGCAGUUUUUACUUUUACAUUAUUGACUAUAUUCUUUCAAACACACGUGUUUAUGUGUGAGUAAAGUCAUCUUAAAAUUUCGGUAAACUUUAAUAUUUUAGUUGAAAUAGUGCAAAUAUGAAGAAAAGAAAGCAAACAAAACUGAAUAAAAGACAUGUACUGAAUGAAAAGGGUGAAAACUCAAGUGAAACACUGGAUGCAUCAGAUAUUCCAGUUCAGGAAAAUACUAGUGAUGAAGUUGUUGAUGUUGCUAAUGAAAACAUUGACAGCCACUCUUCAAAAAAGAAGAAACUAAAGAAAAUGGCUACUCAAAGAUCAGAAGCAUGUGCAGAUGUAUCCGAAUUCAAUUUAACUGAAGUUGGCAAAGAAACUAUUAAAUUGAAUGAAUUGAUAAAAACAUCCCAAAAGCUGUCUGGUACUGAAUCAGUUAAGAAACAGUUGAAAAAUGUGAAGAAACUCCAAAGUUUAUCUGUACCUUUGAGUAAACCCCAAAUGACAAAGAUAAAAAGGACUAUGGGCUACACUAAAAUAUGUGAUGAAUUAAAAAGAUGGGAACCAGUUGUUCGCAAUAAUCGGGCAGCUGAGCAAGUAAUAUUCCCAUUGAAAAAACCUGAAGUACAGCUGGAAAACUUUGAAAGUGCUGCAGAAAAAUAUGUGUUAAAACAUCCUGUUGCAGUCGCAGUAGAUGAAUUACUACAGAAGAGUGAAAAUGUUUUUCAAAAAGAUAAACCAAUGACUGAAGCUGAAGAAAAAGCUUUGAAAGCUAUGAGUCUCGAAGAGGCCAAACAAAGGCAUGCAGAACUUAUGAAGCAUCGAGCUCUAAUCUCAUAUCAAGAAGCUAAAGCUCGUAGACAGAAUAAAAUAAAAAGUAAAAGGUAUCAUCGGCUGUUGAAAAAAGAGAAAAUGAAAAAGCUGAUGAAGGAAUUUGAAGAACUGGAAAGAACAGAUGCAGCCAAAGCUCUAGAAAAGCUAAUGGAAGCAGAUAAAUUGCGAAUUCUGGAAAGAAUGACUCUUAAGCACAGAAACACUGGAAAAUGGGCAAAGAUGCAAAAACUCAGAGCAAAAUAUAAUCCUGAGGCUCGCAGUAGGUUGAAAGAAGAUCUGCAAAUUGGACUCAAAUUAAAGGAAAAAUUACCCACUGUUGAAAAAAAUAUCAGUAAACUAAAAGCCAGUUUGGAAAGGAAUGUUGCUACUGAAUUAGAAACUGAUGAAUUGGCUGCAGAUGAAAUCCGUUUUGGAAGUACUUUCCCCGAAUCAUCUGACAUAGUUCCUGUCACAGAACUUCUGGAGGAAAAUUCAAUUCCAAAUUUCUCUCGCAACAAUAUUUCCAAUGCUGAAGCAAUUCAAGAUACCAAUGAACUUAUAGAUAAACUUUGCAUUGUGAAACAUGCUCAAAGUACCAAGGCAAAGAAAAAGCCAGAUAAUAGCAACGCAAAUACAAAAGACAUUCCAGACAUCAUUGACAUAAAUUUUAUUACAGAAGCAUCUAAUCUAGAUUCUUACAAUCCUAGUGGUAUUUCCAUUGGGGAUGCUUUUGAUGAAAUUGAAAAUGAAGAGAUUAAUGAAGAAUCCAGAGGCAUGGAUAUUUCUGAAGCCUUAGCAGAUGAAGAAAUUAUUGAAGAAUUUAAAGAGGACAAGCGAGCGGCUGAAGAAGCCAAUCGGCCAAAGGGUGUUGAUUUAUUCUUGCCAGGCUGGGGUUCUUGGGCAGGCGCAGGAAUCAAAAUAUCCCAAAAGAAACGAAAGCGUUUUUACAUCCCUCCGCCAGAAGAGCCUGCAGUUAAGAAGAACACUUUAGGGAAUGUCAUACUUAAUGAAGAUCGAGAUAAAAAAGCUGCACAACAUCAGGUGAGCUCUUUACCCUUCCCUUUCUCAAAUAUUCACCAGUUUGAGAGCUACAUUCGACAGCCUGUUGGACACACAUGGAAUCCGCCCAGCAGCUUCCGAAGCCUGACUGCGCCUCGAGUCGUGACAAAAGCAGGAAAAGUUAUCGAGCCUAUUGACCCCGAAGAUGUUGUGUUGGAUAAAGUGGAGAAGAAGGAACCACAGAAAAAGAAAAGAAAGAAAAUUACUCAUGAAGUCAAAGCAUUCUGAUACUUGUCUUUUAUUUUUUUGUAUUAAAAUUGUGUACAUAUA